GUAUGUCAUACAUCUCUAACUAGGGGAGGGGUUACAGGGGAACUAGUGUUCCUCAUUCAGAGGACGGCUGAAGAAUCACUGGACCGAGAUCUCUUCACUCCACAGAUACAGACUCAGACUCAGACUCAUCAUUCCUCAUCUAAUCAUGGAGAUAGUGUACAACAGGAGAAAUUCUAGAGAACAUUUUGUUAGAAGUCGGCACUUAAGGCUGAACGGUUUGAAAGAGGAAGCUAAAGCUGCAGGUUUGGAAAGCGAUUAUCUCUUCAAACCCAACAUCCCUGAAUCUCCUCGCCCAGAGUUUGUCUUAUCUCAUGUGAAACACGACACAGAUGCAGACGGAUUGUGUGGCAUCAGUGAGGAUAACGGCUUCAAGGACCCCAUGAAGGAAACGUCUUCUGAGUUCCGUCUGCUGUGGUGGAGUCUGUCUGUGGGACCUGAUGAGAUAAAGUCAGCUGAGAGGAGACUCCUGGAGAAAACCUACCCAGAUCAGAAGGAGGAGCAGCUCCAGAUGCAGCAGGGAUUCCUGGAGAAGUUCACCACCUCUCCAGCCUUCCUGAAGACCUCCAGGCUGGGCUCUUACCGCUUCACUUUCCCCCUGGAGGAACUGCUGGAGGCCUACAGCAAACAGUUUUGCUCCGGUGCUCCUCCCGUCAUGCGGGUGUUCAAGACCGUCCUGUACAAACAGGAAGUGAAUUACGUUGUGCUGGUCCACAGUCCAGAUCAGGACCAGUUCUCUGACUAUCCUCUGCUGAAUGACAACCCAGACACUGUCUGCACUUACAGAGAUGGCUGCUUCAUCUGGAGGCCUGAGGCCAUGAGUGGGACACACAGAUAUGAGUUGAUCGUGGGACCUGAUCAGAUGGAAGCCCAGAAGUGGUAUGAUUACGAGCAUUAUGUUUGGGAUAAUGUCUCCAUCGCCCUGCAUGUGGAGGAUAAGGUGCUGAACUUUGAUGCCAGCCGACUGAGAGAGAACCUCAAGUUCUGCAGUGAAGGAUAUCCUGCACUACGUGGUGUCACAUUUGAAGACUUCCCAACAGCUGAAAAGCUUGUUAAUAAAUUGUGGCCUGGCCAUCCCUCCCCACUGGAGAAAGAUGAAUAGCUAAAUUAAGUGUCAACAGUGUCACCAUCUGAUAGUUUUUCACUAUUAAAGUGUCUUUUCUGAA